ACCUGUCACUGCCUGUCCUUGCCCCCGCGAGGAGGGGGGCCCAUCAGCCCCUCCUCAGCUGCCCAGCAGAGCAGGCAGUUAGUGGGGAGGGGAGGGAACAUGGAGCGGGGGCCGGUGGUGGGGGCAGGGCCGGGGGCUGGGACCCGAAUCCGGGCACUGCUGGGCUGCCUGGUGAAGGUGCUCCUCUGGGUAGCCUCUGCCUUGCUAUACUUUGGAAGUGAACAGGCUGCCCGCCUUCUGGGAAGCCCCUGCUUACGGCGCCUCUACCAUGCCUGGUUGGCAGCGGUGGUCAUCUUUGGGCCCCUUUUACAGUUCCAUGUCAACUCUCGGACUAUCUUCGCCAGCCACGGCAACUUCUUCAACAUCAAGUUUGUGAAUUCAGCCUGGGGCUGGACAUGCACCUUCCUGGGGGGCUUUGUGCUGCUGGUGGUGUUCCUGGCUACACGGCGAGUGGCAGUGACUGCCAGGCACCUGAGCAGACUGGUGGUGGGGGCAGCAGUGUGGAGGGGGGCCGGCCGGGCCUUCCUGCUCAUCGAGGACCUGACUGGUUCCUGCUUCGAGCCUCUGCCCCAGGGCCUGCUGCUUCAUGAGCUACCUGACCGCCGCAGCUGCCUGGCUGCCGGCCACCAGUGGCGGGGCUACACCGUCUCUUCCCACACUUUCCUGCUCACCUUCUGCUGCCUGCUUAUGGCUGAGGAAGCAGCAGUGUUUGCCAAGUACCUGGCCCAUGGGCUGCCUGCUGGCACCCCCCUGCGCCUGGUCUUCCUGCUCAACGUGCUGCUGCUGGGCCUCUGGAACUUCUUGCUGCUCUGUACCGUCAUCUAUUUCCACCAGUACACUCACAAGGUGGUGGGUGCCGCGGUAGGCACCUUUGCCUGGUACCUUACCUAUGGUAGCUGGUAUCAUCAGCCCUGGUCUCCAGGGAGCCCAGGCCAUGGGCUUUUCCCUCACCCCCGCUCUAGCCGCAAGCAUAACUGAAAGAAAUAAAGGCACAUCAGGCCUAGC